GUCUGCCGGAGCCGGGCCUUCGGCUGGCCUUGACGCCACUUCCGGGCCGACCUUGGCGUGCGCGAAGUCGUCUUUCCUGUCAUCUCCAGGUGGGGAGCCUGGUGACCCUCAAAGCUAUGGAUAUACUCUUCAGAAUAAGAGGAGGCUUUGAUCUGGCUUUUCAGCUAGCCUCUCCUAAAGAAAUGUUUGUCAAGAACGCACUAAGACAGGUGUUGAACGACCUGACUACCAAGCUGGCUUCAGACGCUCUCGUGUUCAGAGUCUCCAACAGCUCUGUGUAUCUGUGGCCCAACGGUGUCACAAACGCAGGCGAGCUGACUGACAGCUCCCCCUGUAAGAACAUAGUGCACCUCGUCCAAUUUGAGCAGGAAGAGGAUACAAAGCGAAAAUUCACAAAAAAGAAAGACAAAAAGUCAUCAGACAUGCAACAGAUAGUAAACAUAGAUCUCAUGCUGGAAAUAUCAACCUCUCUGGGAGCCACAGCCCCCAUCAUUGAAAGGGAAAAUGAAGAACACCACUACAUUAAUAUGAACUUGCCAAUCGAUGCAGUUGUAGCUGUUGCUCCAGAAGAAGCCUGGGGAAAAGUUCGAAAACUUCUAGUGGAUGCAGUUCACAACCAACUAGUUGAUGUGGAAAAAUGCAUUUUGAGAUAUAUGAAAGGAACAUCUAUUGUAGUCCCUGAACCACUGCACUUCCUACUGCCAGGGAAAAAAAAUCUUGUGACAGUUUUAUAUCCAUCAGGAAUUCCAGAUGCUCAGCUGCAGGCCUAUAGAAAGGAGUUACAUGACCUCUUCAGUCUGCCACAUGACAGACCUUAUUUCAAAAGGGCUAACGCGUACCACUUUCCAGAUGAACCAUAUAAAGACGGCUGCAUUAGGAACCCACAUGCUUAUCUGAGUCCGCCAAACAUAGAGGGUAGUGUGAUGUGUGUGGUCCAGGGCAUCUACGCUUAUCAUCACUAUAUGCAGGAUCGGAUAGAUGACAAUGGCUGGGGCUGUGCUUAUCGGUCCCUGCAGACAAUCUGCUCAUGGUUCAGACAUCAGGGUUACACAGAGAGGUCCGUUCCGACACACAGAGAGAUUCAGCAGGCUCUUGUUGAUGCUGGUGACAAACCAGCAGCAUUUGUGGGAUCACGGCAAUGGAUUGGAUCUAUUGAAGUACAGCUGGUACUAAACCAACUGGUUGGUGUAACUUCAAGAAUACUGUUUGUUAGUCAAGGUUCAGAAAUGGCCUCUCAAGGACGGGAACUGGCCAACCAUUUCCAGAAUGUGGGCACUCCAGUAAUGAUUGGGGGAGGAGUAUUGGCUCACACAAUACUAGGAGUUGCAUGGAAUGAAACUACGGGGCAGAUAAAAUUUCUAAUUCUAGACCCACAUUAUACAGGUGCUGAAGAUCUGCAAGUAAUCUUGGAAAAGGGCUGGUGUGGAUGGAAGAGCCCAGACUUUUGGAACAAGGAUGCAUACUAUAACUUAUGCCUUCCUCAACGACCAAAUGCUGUUUAAAUGCUAUUUAAAUUAUCUUGGAGUCCCUGAAUGUGGGUGUCAGUGAAGAGGCCUAGGUAAUCUAUUGAGCCUUGGGCAAUAGAUCAGUAUUUAUCCCAGGUAUACAAAUGGACUUUGGACUCCCAUCCAACAAUGAGAGAUGCACUCUCA